AUGGCGGCGCGCAUGUUCUCCGGCGAGGCCCUCGCGGAUCUCCGCGCGGCGUUCUCCCGUCGGUCUUCGACCCGAGCUCGUCGCGGCCGCGGGGCUGCGGUGAUCGUCGCCGGUAAGCCCAAGGCGAAGAACAAGGAUACGGGACGAGCCAUCCACUUCCGAACCGGUCCCGAGCGGUUCAACGCGGGGUCGCAGGUGGGCGAGGCACCUCGAGGCGGCAAGGGAAAGGGCAAGACCACGAGGUCCCAGCGCACGAACAAGGUGUACAAGCAGUACCUCAGCGGCAGGCCGACCGUGGACGACGUGGAGAGGGCGUCGCGGGGCGAUCGCACGAAGGCCAUGGGGGUGGUCGAGAGGGAGGCGCCGUACCGGCUCACGCGGGACGAGAGGGAGGCGUGGGACCGCGCCAAACGCCGAGGCGGCGACAACGGGAAGGGAUACGGCGGUGGAGGCGUACUUGAGAUGCGGAGCACCCAGCGCGACCCGCUCGCGCCCCACAGGCACCCGCUCGUGAACACCCACCGCCUGUACUGCGACGCCAAGCAGGCGCUCUUCGUCUUGGUCGAGCAGGACAACGAGGGACGGGACGAGAUCGUGUGCGACCUGUCCACGCUCAGGCUCGAGCGCGACGCCGAGUGCAGGGCGCGGCUGGUGGCCCUGGCGGCGACGAUGGAGCCCGGGAUCGUCGUCGAUGACGCGUGCGGGGACGAGGAACCGAUCGAGUCGCAGGCGAGGUACGUGGCGGCGAUGGAACGCGACAGACUCGACGGUCUCUCCGGACUCUCCGGAUCCGAUCCAUCGACGAUGACCGACCCGCCCUCGGAUUCGGACUCGAACGGUGACGCGUCGUCACCGGCCGCGGCGGCGCCGUCCGACGAGACGCUGGCGACGGCGAGGGACGCGGUGGACGCGCUGGGCGAGGAGAUUAGAGCCCUCAAGGACGGCGGGGCGCAAAACUCUGACCCGGAGGUGGCCCGUCGCGUCGCCAAACUGCUGGAGCUCAAGGCCGAGCUUCGCGCGCUGGAGGACGCCGCUGAGGCGUCGACGCCCGAUGCGAUCGAGGCGGCGAUCCGGGACGAGCGGGAGGCGAGGGAGAGGUCGGUGGAGGAGGCGCGGCGUUCGCUGGCCGAGUCGCCAAUUUACGCACUUCCCGAGCGGUACCUUCGGUUCAAGUGCCCGGAUCGACCGACGGCGAAGGCGCUCGCCAAGGCGCUCGCGCAGGAGGACCUGCUCGCGCUCGCGCUCGAGCCCGCGUGA